CUCUGUACACCUUACACGCUGGACGACAUUUUUGUUUUUUACCGAGACGUCCAACCUGGCAGUUAGAUAUACAACAAGAUAAGGACACGAUUACGAAAUAUGAUCUUUUGCUGACGCGUUUCUUAUCUUUGUAUAUACAAGCACACGGUGUUUGCGCAUGCUUUCUGCAGGACCGAGAACAGAGGAGGAAGGCUGGAGUUGAGUUACAGUAUAAGCGAACUCUAAAGCUAGCGGUGUGUCUAGUCUAUCUUGCAUGGAAUUGCAUUCAGAGGCGCGUUAAACGCAUAAUUUCCGUUUGUUUAUACGGUCUUGUUUUAUAUCAGGUGCAUAUUGCUGUGCAUGUGCAGAAUACUGUAAAUCUGGCCUUGGUGGCGGUCUCAGAUGUAACGCUAACGGUCUAAUAGUCUAUUAUUGCAUUGUUGCUAAUGGUAAUACAUUUGUUUACAUGCCUAAUUUCGGGUUAGCUUUGUGUGUUGUCAUUGUGUGUUUAGAAGACAUCGGUAUCCUGUUGUUGAACCGAAGCUAACGAACGGCUGUUGCUCCACGCAUGCUACUUUAGCGAGGUUAUAGCUAACAUACAGCCAAACGGUGCAUUCAGAAGUGUAUUUAUCGCAGGAGCAUGACGGCAGAUCUGCAGAGAUGACCGUAACCGAAUAAAAAUGCGUUAUCAAGUGCUGUAGGAUCAGGCGGAGAACGGAAACUCAUGGCUGUGCGCCGUUAGCUCGCUACAGCUCUCAUAGGCCACGUCGCCUGUGUGUGUUGAUGUGUUUGAUCUACUGACAGUGGCGUUGCAUGAAUGCAAACAAGGAAAAGCUUGAAGUCGCCAACUGUGCGGAAGGGAUACGGGAGGAAUCGUCAAAGUAGUUGUGUCACCAACUUCAGGACACUUCAAGGUUGCUGUAAGCCGAAUGGGGAAGAACAUAAAUCUUUCAAGAUAGACAACUUUGUACAGCAGUGGCCACAUCACUAGUAUUUUAACGUACGGCGCUCACACAAAGCCAGAGAUCGUAAUCUGUGAGCCUCUUCGAUUACGCGAUGAUAGGAUUCGGCGCGAAUCGACGCGGAGGUCGCCUCCCGUCCUUCAUCUUGAUCGUGUUAUUGGUGAUUAUCGUCAUUCUGUCGUUUAACUACUGGAGCGUGUCCACUAAGCACGGCCGGGUGCUGGACGAGCUGGCCGAGAUGCAGACGCAGGUGAAGCGCACGGACGCGGCGCGUUCCCGCCUGGAGAAAAGAAACUCCGAGCUGAUGAUGCAGGUGGACACGCACCGGAAACAGAUCGAUCAGAAGGACGGAGACUACAGCGUGCUGGAGAGCAAACUGCAGGCCAGGGAUGCGCUGGUCAAAGCCUGCGCCGAUGAAAAGAGUAAGCUGCAAAAUGAUGUCAGCGCCCAGAUGUCAGAGAUUCACAGACUAAAAGAGCAGGUAAAGGAGCUGAAACAGGAGGUCAUCCGACAGGAAGACCAACUGAGGGAAGUGCGGAAAAACAGCACCAAUUUGGAAAAGAAGCUAGAAUAUGAGAGCUUACAGUGUGGCCGACAAAUAACUGAGCUGAAGGCAGAAUAUGAAGAGAGCAAGAAAAGAAUAGAAGAAGAGGCAGCGAAACUCAGACAGAGUUUAUUGGAAAAUCGUAAAGUGGACCCAGUGGGUCGACAGGUGGAGGCGGAUCUUGAUCAAUCCAUCAAAAGAAAAGAGGGGGAUGCUGCAGAGCGCCACACAGUGGCUGCACGGCGAAAUGACGGCGCAGUUCUUAAAGAUGAUCUGGGUAAACCUGGUAGCGAUGCUGGCAUGCCUGGCAUUGAGGACAGUGAAGUAGGCAAGAUAGAAGAUGCACAGUUCGCCCUAAAGAAGCCAGCCAUCACGCCGCAGAAGCACAUGGAGCCCGCGGAAGCUGCGGCAUUGCUGAAGGAGGAGAGGGCAGGGUUCGGAGCUGGAGCUGGAGCUGGUGCCAGACCAGGGGAUGAUUUGGCCCGCGGGCAACCGUUGGACCGACCAGACAUGCCCCGUGAUGAAAACCUGCAUUUGGAGAACAACAACAUACCUUUGCAGCAGCAGGUCCCAAAUCCGGUGGCAGACAAACCCAUGCUGUUUGACAAAGAUAGUAAGGCAGGCAUAAAGGCAGAUGAGUUUGGGGAGCAGCGCAGACAGCUGGGAGCUGAGGAUUUAAAGGCAGAGGGAGUUGGACUUCCUCUUCCUCCUAACCCGGCUCAUGUCCUUCCCAAACCCGUUGACCCGCACAACAACAGAGAUCCUGCAGUUGCUGACCUUCCACGUCACCGUCAGAGCCGUUUCUUUGAUGAAAACGAGUCCCCUGUAGAUCCGCAACACGGCAAUAAGCUGGCGGACUAUAACGGGGAUGAUGGCAACGUGGGUGAGUAUGAGGCGGACAAGCAGGCCGAGCUGGCCUACAAUGAGGAAGAGGAUGGUGAUGGUGGGGAGGAAGACGUCCAAGACGACGAAGACCGGGAGGCUCCAGGUGAAAGGGCUGUGGAUUACGGAAAGCGACAUCAAGCCAUUGACGUCCUGUAGUUCAAUCUUCUUAAAAUCCUUUACAUUGAACUUUGGAUGUUUCUGACAAUGAAGUAGCCAAGCCAGGAAAAGGGACUUUGGAUUUCAGCUGCGAUUUUUGGUAUCAUGAUAGGAGACAUUCAGACUAUUCAAACGAUUUCAGUGUCUUCAGAGAGGAAUGAAUUUCAACAGUUACGGCUGUGAAAUCAGUGACUGCGGAUGAGAGUUUUAUUCAACUUAAAUACGACAGUGAUUUCAUGAUCUGCUGCAAAUGUUUGCUUGCACAUGCCCUGAUUUGAGAGUAUUGUUUUCAUGUUUUUUUGUUGUUGUUGUUUUUUUUGCCCCCAUCUGUAGCACAGGUCUAUCAGAAUCGGGAUUGGGAACUAUUAUAUUGUACAAACGUUUAGUUUUUUUUGCAGGGGGGGGGGAUAAGAAAAUACCUUCUCCAGGGACUGGAGGACACUACUGUGAAUAGAUAAUACGGAAGUAAUAUUUCUCUGUUAGAUUCACAAAGUGGAACAUAUUGAUACUACUGGUGAAAAGGACCUCUUACAACACCCACACCAGUUUUUUUUUUU